UCUGCUUUACCCUUAUCUGAGUUAUCUCCCUCGACCCGGCAGUCUUCUUCCUUCUUUAAAAACUAGGGAACUUCCUCGUAGCUUUGUGCCACACAGAAACAGAAGGAAAAAAGAACAGAAAAGUGAAGAGAAGAAAAUAAAUUAAGAAAUGAGGAGCUGUUGUACUAGGCCUGCGAUUGUGCCGACACCAACUGAAAAUAAGACCUUCGGGUCUGUGAUUGCCUUUCGGGUCCUUGUUCCUCAUGCUAGAAACACCACCGCAAGGUCCGCCACUUCUAGGGUUUCAGUUGUCCGGGCUUCUAUGGUGGACUCAUACGGUAGCUCCUUCGAUUUCGUCAACCGCAUCGAGAAAACCUGGUUAAUCUCUCAGCAACCAAGGCCAGUUGGUUGUUCUUCUUGCAACUCAAACGGGCAUGUUGAAUGUAAAUGGUGUGGUGGUACAGGCUUCUUUAUUCUUGGUGAUAACAUGCUCUGCCAAGUACCUUCAAGAAACACCAGUUGCGUUAUUUGUGGUGGAAUGGGAUCAAUGUGUUGCUCGGAUUGUAAGGGAACAGGUUUUCGUGCCAAGUGGUUAGGAGAGCCUCCUAUUUCCAAGUAGCAGCAUUACUUCUCGGUCAGUUAAGAGAUCCAUCAAGGCUGGAAUAGAUUUGAAGUGACAUCCCAUUCAUUUUCUGAUACCAUCUCUUGUUUGUUGCAGUAUUUGUGGUGAAACAAUGAUAUCUGUAGCCUCUGUCCCCAUACUUAGGAUUUACACCCUUAAUUUUACUGUCUUCUUCAAUCAAGCCACUCCAUGAUAGAUCAAAAACAAAAACAUUGGCCUGCAUGGAUGUAUCAUAUUCAUUUGAAUUAUUACAAUUACAAGUAUAUUCUUUUA